AGAGGCAACUCUACCUCCACCGUGCUCUCCAAACUCUGCCACAUCUCGUGGUAUCACAACCGCUUCGUCGGAUACAAAGUCGGACUGUCCCCCGGACACCAGCUUGCUGUCGUCGGCAUGCGCAGAGAAGACCCUCCAACCAACCCCAAGGCCCCCGUCACCAUGCAUCUCCUCGGAAAAUUGCACAGCUCCCUCGAUUUUUCCUGGGCCCAGCACCGAGUCAUCUGGGGGGCUUCGGUGCUGGGCUUCUUCUUUCUUUUGCGCCGCUCCGAGUAUCUAGCUGACGGCACGAGGGUAAAAGAAUAUGCUAUUCAAAGGUCCGAUGUACGCUUCCUGGAUGAUCAAGGCCGCGACCAAAAAUUGAUCGAUCGAGUGAAAAAGGUUCAAAUUCGUUUUCGAGGCAGCAAGACUGACCAGUUUGGCGAUGGAUGUACUCGUGUGCUGGGUCGGUCUGGUCGCGCCCAAUGCUGCCCAGUAAUGGCG